AUGCCCCCUAAGGCCGCUGAGAAGAAGCCCAGCACCGGUGGCAAGGCCCCGGCUGGCAAAGCUCCCGCUGAGAAGAAGGAGGCGGGCAAGAAAACCGCGACUACCGCCUCUGGCGAGAAGAAGAAGCGUGGCAAGACCAGGAAGGAAACCUACUCGUCUUACAUCUACAAGGUUCUCAAGCAGGUUCACCCCGAUACUGGUAUCUCGACUCGUGCCAUGUCUAUCCUGAACUCCUUCGUGAAUGAAAUAGACAUCUUCGAGCGCGUUGCCACGGAAGCUUCCAAGCUCGCCGCCUAUAACAAGAAGUCGACCAUCUCGUCGAGGGAGAUCCAGACGUCUGUGAGACUUAUCCUGCCUGGUGAACUUGCCAAGCACGCGGUGUCGGAAGGCACCAAGGCGGUUACGAAGUACUCUUCUUCUGCUAAAUAA